AUCCAGGACGGGAACAGACACAAGAACAGGACCGCGCCCGUGGACGCUUCCGCAGGGCAGCACAGGCCUUUCUGAAAUUCUUGGGCAUUCGGCGUAAAAGGACCACAACCAGACCGACUGAGGUCAUGGCACAGCCUGACCCCAGCCCGACUGAGCUCGAGGCGGACCCUGAUGUCACCACCGCACUGACUGAUGGCACAGGAAACUGUGAUACCCUGACAGUUGUUCACACGACCAAGUCUGACCCUGCUUUGACUGAUGCUACAGCAGACCCUGACAGCCCAUCCAUCGAUCGCACUGCAAUCCCUGACAUCCCGUUGAGCGAUGAACCCACAAACUCUGGCGCUGCACCGCCCGAUCUCGCUGCGGAGGCCGACACUGCAAUGACCGAGGGCACUGCAGACACUGACCUCAUGCCCACGGAGAGUGUGAAUUAUGCUCCCACUCCAGAUAUUUUUGAGAAGAAUGGUGUCUCCAGUCCAGAGCAAGUGCCAGCCUUCGUCAGGAACGUGCACCAGAGACUGACAGCCAGCGCCACUCCAGAAGAGAAGCUGCUGGCGGAGUUUCUGAGGGUGACUGAUGAACACCCUGCUGAUGCUGUGGUGACCCUCCUGCGCUGUGCCCCAUCAUGUGACAGAGCUGCUGCCAUCAUGUGGAGGACCAUCACCUCACCGGGAAGGACAGUGGUGAAGGUGCUGCCACAGCUGCUCUCCGUGAUGGAGGAGUGGCCACUGCACAGCACGUCCACCUCCGACGGGGACGAAACGGAUGUCUUUGCCCUGGCU